AGUGCGCGCUGGUUCCAGAGAGGAGGUGGCAGAUGCCUCUUCGAAACAACAGUCGUCUAUUUACGACCUGUUUUCCUCUCAUACUGCUGAAGAGCAGCUGUUGGGAUGCCAAAGAAGUUCCAGGGCGAGAACUCCAAGGCAGCCACAGCCAAAGCCCGCAAGGCUGAGGCCAAGGCAGUGGCAGAUGCCCGUAAGAAGCAGGAGGAAGAGGAUGCUCUGUGGCAGGAAACUGACAAACAUGUACUCAAAAAAGAGCAGAGAAAGGAUGACAAGGAGAAGAAGAGGCUGGAAGCCCUAGAGAGGAAAAAGGAAAACCAGCGACUUCUGGAUGCGGAGAAUGCCAGGCUGAAAGGCAAAUCCCAAAAGGAGGCUUUAUCUGGAGGAAAAGUGACACGUGCCCAGAUCGAAGAGAUACUUCAGAAUGAGCAGGAGCAACAGCAGGAGCUCAAACCGCAAGAAAAGAGCCACCUGGAGACUCCACUGGAGGAGAACGUGAACAGAAUUAUCCCUGAUGAAGGAACGGUGGAAGCCAGGACAAUAGAAGACGCCAUUGCUGUGCUCAGCACGGGACCUGAGGAGCUGGACCGCCACCCAGAGCGGAGGGUGAAAGCAGCGUUUCUUGCCUAUGAGGAGGUCAACAUGCCUCGCCUAAAAAAGGAGAACCCCAAUAUGAGAUUGUCGCAGCUGAAGCAACAGUUGAAGAAGGAGUGGAUGAAGGCGCCAGAGAACCCCCUGAACCAACGCUUUGCCAACUACAACUCAAAGUGAAUGCGCUCUUUCCCCCUGUGACACCAUUUGACACCUGUCUUUCUACGCACAUUGGAGACUUUCAUUUGAAAAUUGAAUAAUUUCAUCUAAAAAUUGCUGACGAGUACUCCACCACCACCUUCUCAGAAACUAUCUCUCCAGUACCAGAGGACUCUACUUUGUUGUUUCAUUCACUUGCAAGGAGAAGCUCUGCUGUUGCACGUGACCUCUAAUGUGGCAUCUCAGCAUCCAAUAAUUAAUUACAUUUUUUUUCUAGCACUUAUAGGGAGGUGGUCAAUCAGAUGUUUUCAGAGUAACUUAUUAAAGUUCAUCACUCGAUCAUCAA